UCUGCACACCGUCAGGCCUUCUGUUGCUGUGCCGUGCCUCUUGGCUCUAUCAUUCAUCUUCUUCUUCUUCUUUGCACACUCGCCUGCAGAGUGGGACUCUUACGUCACCUAGACCGCUGUCUCUGUGUGUGUUUUUGUGUGUUUGUCACCGCUGUUGAUUCCGCCUUGUCGGUGAGAAGUCCACACUCACCGAAGACCAUCAUGCUGAUCUUUGUGGCGCUGGCGUCCCUCCUCUUCCUGGCCACAGUGCCCGAGCCGUCCCAGUCCAUCGUGAUUUACACGGGCUGGGAGCGCCACGCCCUGGUGGGCACCGAGGUGCGGCUCUCCUGCUCCUUCUUCUCCUGGCGCUGGACCUCCGAGGACGUCACCUUCUCCUGGACCUACAGACCUGACGGGUCCAGGGACAGCCUUUCCAUCUUCCACUACACGGGCGGCAUGGCCUACGUGGACAACAAGGGUCCCUUCAGGGACCGGCUGGAGUUCGUGGGGGACCCGAGCCGCCGUGACGGCUCUAUUAUGCUCAAGAACUUGGAGUUCAGCGACAACGGAACGUUCACCUGCGACGCCAAGAACCCGCCCGACAUCGUCGGACGGCCCUCCUCCGUGCGCCUGCUCGUCUUUGAGAAAGUGCCGAUCCAGGCGGGCGUGAUCACGGGUUCCAUUGUGGGCGCGGUGCUGGGCCUGCUGCUGCUCAUCGUGGUCAUCUACUACCUGAUGCGCUUCCUGGUAGCACGCCGCGUCUUCAGCCUCAGCGUCAGCAAACACGGCAAGAAAAAGAAGGAGGGAUCACAGCAGAGACAGCUCUGGACACCACCCCCCCUCACUCUCUCUCCCCGCCCUUAACAGGAUCUUUCUCCGCCCCCCCCAUGUCCUCUUUCUCACCUCUUUGAGUCACUUCUACUUUUUUUAAACGUUUCUUCUCUCCCCUUCACCACAGCGCCGCCCGUCCAUCUAAAACCGCCACCCGCCCUCCCCCUGGCACUCCUUUCCUCCUCGAGUGACUCUCCACCCCUGUUCUCCCCCCGCCCCCCUCUCUCCCUGCUCACCCACAGGGCCCCGCGCCAGCGGCCGACCCUGCCAAGCUGAAGGCCUCGGAGAAGAAGAAGCAGGAGUCCCGCAAGGAUCGCAAAUAGGAUACGGGGCGGGGCUGGGGCGCGCUCCUUGGACGGCUGCUCCGGCCCGGGCAGGAGGGGGGGACGGGUGGCGGAGGGGCGGCGGCAGUAGAGGACGCCGCCGGGCGGGUGCUAAUGACCAUCGACCUGGAGCUGACCCGCAAGAACGGCGAGGAGGGCCCGGCUGGUGGCCCCUCCAAAGCACCCAGCCUCCUUUCUCGGUUCGCCCGGCAGCUCGCCCUCAAAUAAGCGGGGUUCUCGUGGGGGUGGGGUGGGGGGAAUACCACCUGUAAUAAACAAGUCUAAUCGUAUCCGCAUCGAAUGAGAUUUAUGGUCCUGAAGUCGUUGUUAUCGAGUCCCAGCCUCGUUUUGAUAACAACGCUGCCCCGUCGCUUGUGCGCAGGGGCGCCGUACUGUCCCCUGCCCCCCACCCUUCAAAUGUUUCAACGUUCUCUUCUAACCACUAUGUCCUCUCUCUUUCUCUCUCUUACUCCCUGACCCUUCUUCUUCUUCUCUUCUUAGAUAAAGGUCUGACUCCUCCGUGACGCCUCCAGCUCUCUAGUCUGCCUGACGCACCCCCACUUGUCCUUUCCCCUCAGUCGUCAUUACUUCCCAUUAUCUCUCCUCCUUUAAGACAGGCUAUAGGAAGAAUAGACGCCCCCACCCCCUGCACCCGCUCUUUCAGUGGUUGUGUCAAAUAAUUUCCUCACAGGAGUCCCUUUAUGCACUCACCGGGUGACGCGUAAAAAAAGUGUUUAAGGCCUAACAACCCUCGUAAUCGGCGCCGCAGGAGCUCUGCAGACGCCCCACGGGCCGGUCCGCAGCCUCCUGAAUCUUCUUGCCUUUAUGACUCAAUCUGGCGGAAACCAUGUGACGAGGACCAGGCCAGACCUUGGGGCAGCAUCGAAAGAGAUAUGAUUUUUCCUGUCCUUUUUAAGAUGAAGUAGUCUUCAUAUCACGAGAUUUUAUUUUGGGAGCAAAGUUGGAAGCUGGCAAGUAUAGAGUUGCAUUUUUUUUCAUUUAAAAACGUUUCAAUAAUAAGACAAAGUCAUAAUUUGGGGGGAAAAGGCAUAUUGCAAGCUGUAUUUUUCAAGAUAAAAGGCAUAUGUCAAAACAUAGUUCAUACAAAUAUUCUGAGAACAACUAAUAUUUUUUUCAAGAAAAAAAUAUUGGUAAAAAAGUUGUAAUUUUAUUGUAUUUUUUUCAAAGUGAGAAGUCACAUUUUUGGGGGAGAAAUGCCAGUAUAAAAUUGUAAUUAUGGGGAAGAAAAUACAAAUAUUCCAAGAACAAAAGUUUUAUUUGUUUUCCAAAAAAUGUUGGACAUUUUGGGGGAUUUUUGGGGAUAAGGUCAUAUUUUUGGCACGAUAAAAAGUCGUUCUUUUAUUGGGGUGGCGAUAAUAAAGAAUAAAGCAUAUUUUGUCAUGGAUUUUUUUUUCCAGAAAAUGAAGUCAUACUUCUCCAGAUUAUUAUUAUUAUUUUAUUUAAAAAAAAAUAAAAACUCAUAAUUUUACAGUAACAAAGUUGCACGCUUUGAAGUUAAAAAGUAAAAUACUAUGAGAAUAAAGAUAUAUUUUCUAUUUUUGGGGAUAGGUAAAAAUUAAAUUUGACUUUUUCCCAAUGAAAAUGCAACAAAAUUGCAACAAACACGUUGGACUUUGAGUUGGCGCUGUCUCGUCCCGGCCUGUUGGAAGACGGCGGUACUGAGCCCUCCUCUGGCCCCUGAUGGACGUUAAUGGCAUCUAUUUCUGGCCGCCUGUACUGUAACAGCUGCGCAUUUCUUGGUGGAGUUAGUGGGUCGGUGUUGGGUGGUGGUGGGUAUGAUUUAGCGUCCGCCGUUUCGCCUGGCAGGUUGGCGACUGACUAGCACGGAUGACGUCAAGGGGCUGUCGGGCGGGCGGUAGACGGGAGCUACUUAAGACGGGACCUUCCUCCUUUUUUCCAAACAUCUCGCUGCCAUCCCUCCAUUCCUGUGUCCUCAUCAAAUCUUUAGCUUUUAUCUCCUUCUGCUUCCUGUCGUCUGGCGGCCCCGCAGAAUAGUAUUCCACACAAUCCACUACACACGUUAAGCCUCUCCUUAUCGGACUUCCAGCUCCCUCCUCCCUUUGCCUCCCUUCGCUUGACCUACAAAAAACCCCACCCCCCUUAAAUCUCCCGGGGACCCAUGCGGUCCUCGCCAUCCCGCUCUCCUUCCGCUGACCCUCCUACUGUCUUUUGUUCAAAUGCCAAGACGCUCACCUCUGCACCCGACUGGCAAAGGAAGGUUCUAUGUUGAGCCACAUUUCCACCAGGAGGUCUAGUUGUUGUUGGCAGGUGAAUCCUGAUCUGGUUUGUGGUUUUUUUUCUUUUUCUUUUUUUUCCUUUUGGUGUGCUCGACGCUUGCAUAAAAUUUCCUAUAGGACAAACAGCCUGAGUGAAAACUUUAGUGAGCUAGGCACAAACAAAAAUAUUCUUUAAGGACAAACAGCCUCUGUUUUAAUCUUGUAUGUUUUUGCAACACCUCAAUAACUGAAAAUUUUAAUCAGAUAUAUGCAAACAUAAAAUUUGGUAAAGGACAAAAAGCCUCUGUUGUAAUGUAUAUUUUGUUUUUUAGCUACACCUCAAUAACUGAAAAUUUUAGCGAGCUAGACGCAGCGACAGGAUUGGAGUGGACACUUGUUGCUAGGCAAAAUAUUGUCUUUUGUGGCCGCUUGGGGCAGGAGGCUGAACUGCCCAGCAACUAAUAAUAGGAAAAGGAGCGUUGGAAGCAAAUUCAGGAGCAUGUCAAUAAUUGACGACUGGUUGGUAGCAAUUUUAGCAGCAACGUUUAGUGGCAAAAUUAGUGGCAACAAGCACAACUGACUUGGUUGGAUUAUUUUUUUACUUUCGCUUGCUAGGCAGAAAUCCUUUGCAACCCCAAGCAAAAAUGUUCAACCCGUUGGGGCAUAGGGCUGAGCUGCCCCACACGCAGAGACGGAGAGUUGACAGGAACCUUGGGAAAACCCCAACAACCGAAAACCUUAGCUACCUAGACGCAAAGACAAGAUUGUUUAGAUUCUUUCAUGACUUUUGUCACCUUGUUGCUGGGCAGAAUUAUGCCGAGGCCAAAUUUUUUGGGCAGAGUGCUCCGCUGCCCCACGCAUUGUUUAAAAAGGUGAGGCAGUGUCCGGCAAGAACCUUAAGAACUUCGCAACAACUGAGAACGUGACAAGCGCAACCAACUUGAUUGGUUGUUUUCUAGACUUUUUAACUUGUUGCUGUGCAAAAUUCCCCCUAGGCUGUAUUUGUUUGGGGCAGAGGGCUUUGCUGCCCCACACAUAGAGAAUACAAUAGAGAGGGAGAGGUGGCAGGAACAGGAACUCAGACCAGGAAUUGACAUGGGUGACGUUUGUGUCGACCUUUGGUAUCAAAACCAGUAGCGACCAUUUGUUUUGCUACCCUUCACAACUUUUGACAGUGGAAACGCCAAGAAUUGCGUGCCGUACUGGAACCGAACUAUGCUACUUGGUGGAAACAUGGUUCAUGGUACAGUAUAUGCUAUGCUAAGCUAAGCGUCAAACCAACAAUGUUAGCCUACGUAGAGCGAUAGAAAGUUUUCAGGAUGGCUGCACAUUCUUUGCCAGGUCUUGGUUGGUUGGUGGUCUUCAAAGGUGCUCCCCUGUCCCCCAAAAUAAACCAAACCACGAGCCAAACGUGGCUCGGCAGACGUCGAGCUUGUGGAUGGCCGAGACUUGAAUGUUCCUUUUGAAAAUUCCUAGCUAUUUGGAAUGUUCCUGCUUGUAGUAAUCUUAUUAAAACACUGUAUGUUUUAUGAAUUGUAUUAGAAGCAAUCUAACAUUCCCUCAUUUGAAUUGACUGUAGCCUCAUGUUUUUUUUUUUUUUUUUUUUUUUUUUUUUACAUUUAUUUAAUUUAACGAUUGUCGUCGCUCUAAUUGAAUGUGUAAUAUGUUGUAAAAAGAACGUGAAUAAAACAUUUAAGCCCACAA